ACGAAAAUUACGAAAUAUGUAUAAUUAUCUUAUACUAGUUGAUUAUAUGCAUGCGAUAACUUCAUUAACGUUUGCUAUAUUUCAAAUGCAAAUGAGCUUUGGAACUGGUGAAUCAAUUGCAUUAGUACUUUUUGUUGUCAUUAGUUUAUAUCAUCAAUUUUUGAACAAUUUUUUCGGUGAAUAUAUAUUACAAAAGCAAUCAAGUAUAAGUGUUGCUCUGUACAAUGUACCUUGGUGGCGCGCUAAUAAAAACGUUCGACAAUUAUUAAUGUUUAUGAUAGCAAGAACAAAUAUGCAAACCAAUAUAAUGGGAUUUUACAUGUAUAAAUUAUGCUUAAAAUCUUUCAUUGCUUUUGUUAAAGCACUCUAUACGUAUUAUAUGGUUCUAAGACAAAUGAAUCAAACUAGCACUUAAUUGAGCUUUACAUUUAGUAUAUGAUAAUCCAAUGCAACUAUGAAGUAAGUUGGUAAUUGUUUCCCGCCUUUUGUCAAACUAAUACCAGAACAUAGAUUUUUAGCAAUAAGAUUUAAAAAUACAAUUUU